AUGGCAGGGAGUGUCUUCCUGCUCCUAUUAUCUGGGACCCUGCUCUGUGGGCUACUGUUCCACACAUUGAGCCAGAAUGAAGAUGGGGACAGGACCCGCACCAGGAGACCCAACUUCAUCAUCAUUCUGGCGGAUGAUAUUGGAUGGGGAGACCUGGGAGCCAACCAGCAGGCAGGUCAGAGGUCAAGCCAAACCCCUCAUCUGGACCUGAUGGCCCAGCAAGGAAUGAGGUACAGCUCUUGUUAGCCUGUUCACUAACCAACUAGCCUAACUUAAAGUAAGCUUUUUCUCACAGGUGUCAUGGAUAACUGCUACAGGAGGUGGAGGCUUUAGUUCCAGUCCUGGUGUCAAAUACCUUUAUUGAGUCAUGAGCUACACAUGUCUUACUUAUGUCUUGUAACAAGUAUUUGCACACCCUGUAACUCUCUAGUCCAGAACCAGGGUUGGUGACCUGCACCGUAUUUGUUCAAAACCCAUUUUGUCCUCCAUAAGCCCUCUCAUCUGUAUCCAUCCUCCAGGUUGACAGACUUCCACUCCCCAGCCUCCACCUGCUCCCCGUCCCGCGCUGCUCUCCUCACAGGCCGACACGGCCUGAGGAACGGGGUCACACACAACUUUGCUGUGGGGUCCAUGGGGGGGCUACCCCUCUCUGAGACCACCCUGGCUGAGAUACUGCACCAGGAUGGAUACUACACAGCCAUGAUCGGUGAGAGGCAAAGAGACCACUUCUAUUCUAUUUUAUUAUAUAUUGUAUUAUGUUCUGUUCUAUUCUGUCCUGUUCUGUUCUAUUCUAUUUUAUUAUGUUAUAACCCGUUGUCUUUUCUCUGUUGUAAGUGCAGGUAAAUGGCAUCUAGGGCACAAUGGUCCAUACAGUCCCACCAACAGAGGUAAGAGGCAUUGAGUUCUUGAGUUAAAUGGUUGACAUAUUAUAUCUGCUAUAUCUAUAUCUAUCUGCAUGAAGCCACAGUAGUGCAGACGUUACAGUGAAUUUGAGGUCUAAAACAAUGAGAGUGUCUUAUUGCUUUCUGUGGUUAGGUUUUGACUACUACCUGGGGAUCCCCUACAGUAAUGAUAUGGGUUGUACAGACCUGCCUGGUUACGACCUGCCCUCCUGCCCUCCCUGUGACCCUGGACCACAGAUACUACACAACAGGUGGGGGUUGUAUGCUCAUAGGUAACUCUGUAUACAAACAUACACAGAUGUAAGGGUUGGUGUGAGGUGUGACCCAGGUGCAGUGCAGGAUAGACAGUAGGCAGUAGGCAGAGAUGGUGAAACAAGGAUCUUUACUGGUGGUCCCAUCACCAGGAUACAAAAUAACAGACUUGUCAUGAAAAAAUAAAGGAGGAGCAAAUUGGUCUCCAAAAACAAGCUGACAGCAAACAUACGAAAUACUAACUAUGACUGAAAACAACAAUGAAACAGGGAGAACACUUCUCAAGUACCUGUACAUACGUCUCGUGAUCAGACACUGAUUUGUACUGUUUGGCAUCGAGAACUAGCAGAAAAAACAGAGCAAGGGAACACAGGGAAGUGAGGGCAUAAAUACACAGGUGAACAGGUAGACACAGGUGACACCAAUAAGAUAAUGAUUAGUCCAGACUGUGAGUGAGGAGGUGCCUAAAGUUGUUGGAGGAUGACAGUGGUUUGGGCUGAUGAGUGGUCGGUGGAGACCGGAACAGGAUGGAGGCGGCGCCUCCUUCCAGGAUGAGCCGCCCCGUGGACCAGUCUAUCCGGGGCUCCACCCUUGGGCCAGCCCCGUGUCCAUCAGGUUUCCCACGGCCCCCGAAUCCACCAGUGCAUGCGCCCGACGCGCAGCGCGGGCCCACUGAACCCUAACGGGGAGGAAAGUCCGGGAGUCUCUGGGGUUGGGGUUUCGAUUCCAGCUCGCUAGCACCCCUCCCGAUAUUAGCGAGCCCUCCCGUUUCCCGGCUUCUCCGGGCAUGAGUCGCAGUGGUAACCUGCCUGGCCGCAGUACAGGCAACGUCCCUGGCACAGACGUCUCUGCUUCUCCAUCCUGGACAAGUGCACAUUGCGUCAUCCCUCUCUCGUGCGCACUCUCACGACGCCGAUUGUCUACCCACACUGAGAGGUCAACGAGGCCAUCCAGUCGCUUAGGCAGCUCCCUGAAGGAGAGUUCGUCCUCCAUCCCCUCCGAUAGCCCCUGCGCGUAAAGGAAGACCAGGGCGGCCUCCUACCAUCCUGCCUUUCGAGCCCCGGUCCGGAACUCCGCGGAGUAGUCCGCCACCGAACGGUCACUCUGCCAACAGGCCGUGAGCCGCCUCCCGGCCUCGUGCCCUGACACCACCCGAGAAGUGUCGAACACCUUGCGUAGCUCCCGGGUGAUAUGGUAGGAGUCGGAGCAUGCCGGAAUUUGGCUCUCCCACUCCAUGGUAGCCCAGGAAAGGGCCCGACCCGUCAACAGAGUGAUAAUGUAGGCCACCCGGCCCUGCUUCGUCGGGAAGGAGGAGGGUUGUAGGCUGAAUACCAGGGAACACUGGGUGAGGAAUUCCCUGCAGCCCUCUGGACGUCCGUCGUACCUCUCCGGAGGUGGUAGGCGGGGUUCCCGCGAUGUCGUAGGCGAGACUGGAUACGCCGCUGCCGCGGCUUCCGCUCCGCCGGCUGCCGGGGCUGGUCGGGUGUCCACCCGGUUCUGCACGGCAAUCGUCAGCUGGCGGAGAUUCUCUGUGAUCUGCUGCAGGCGGCGGUCGUGCUGGGUCAGCAUAGCUCCCUGCGUUGCCAAUGCGCUGCGACACUGUGCUGCCUCCACUGGGUCCAUAUUGGCUCUGUUUUCUGUAAGGGUUGGUGUGAGGUGUGACCCAGGUGCGGUGCAGGAUAGACAGUAGGCAGUAGGCAAAGAUGGUGAAACAAGGAUCUUUACUGGUGGUCUCAACACCAGGAUACAAAAUAACGGACUUGUCACGAAAAAAUAAAGGAGGAGCAAAUUGGUCUCCAAAAACAGGCUGACAGCAAACAUAUGAAAUACUAACUAUGACUGACAACAACAAUGAAACAGGGAGAACACUUCUCAAGUACCUGUACAUACGUCUCGUGAUCAGACACUGAUUUGUACUGUUUGGCAUCGAGAACUAGCAGAAAAAACAGAGCAAGGGAACACAGGGAAGUGAGGGCAUAAAUACACAGGUGAACAGGUAGACACACGUGACACCAAUAAGAUAAUGAUUAGUCCAGACUGUGAGUGAGGAGGUGCCUAAGGUUGUCGGAGGAUGACAUCUAGUGGGUCGCUCCGGAACUGCAACCCCCUCCUGUAACACACAGAGGUCUUUGUUUGCUCUCAUAGACAGAUGAGUUUAUAUAGACUGGGCCGGAUCCUAAUUUGAGAUCCAGCAUUAUAAUUUUGACUGCAUGAAUCAUACAUUUAGCAUCUCCUGGCUUCCACACAUAGCAUACAAGCCACUGAUGCAGACCUUUGGAACAUCUACAUUUUAAAAAGUCUAAUAAAUCCAUGUAAUAUAGCCUACACCUUUACAAUAAAUCCAUUAUUUAUUUGUAGACAGGUCUAAAGAAACAUGAUAUGAAGAAAAUGUAGUCUAUUUCAGAAGAACAGAAUAGCAUACUCUGAGUUGUCCUUAUGUUAGGUCCUGAUCUGGCUAUGCCAUAUGGCUGUGGGCUACACUAGCUCAUUUAGCAGACAAGAUUUGCCUAGAAUUCCAUGGGAUUAUUUUAUAGUAUUUUAUAGCAUGAAGAAUACAAUUUAACAAAGCUGAAAAAAAUAGAAAGGAUAUUUUCUCCAAACAAUUUGAGGGAGUGCAUUGUGUUCUGCUUAGUUUUUUGCGCAGGCUGUACACACUUCAUCAGCCUCUCAUUCACAAUUUGACAAGCACUUGAUAAUGCAUUGAAUUUCCCACAGGCAUCCCCUUUGUGUGGCUGUAAUGCCCCCUAAAAAAAUCCAGCAUUUUGCGGCCAGUGGCCGUUAUGCCCUUGGGCUGAAUAUAAUCAUUUUAAUUCCCUUCUCCCUGUGUGCUGCGUGCUCCGAAGCACCUCUCACUCACAUGGCUACAAGUGAAGACAGACACAUCGGGGAUGCAACUGCGCGCGUCCUUAUCCAAUUCCGAGGCGCAUAUUGAAGAUAUUGGAAGAACUGUCGACAUUUACUUUUCGUCAGCCAACAAGAUGAGUAGGCCUAACGAACAGCAAAAGCACUAGCCUAUGUCAAUCUAUUAUCCCCUAUAGUACAAAAGUUGACCUAUUCUAUUCUGUGCGAGAAAUAAAUAUUCCAAACAUAGUCUGGGACAGCUGUGGGAUGCGUUAGAUCCCAAAUUAAUACAACCUCUAGCAUCAAAAAACAUGUUUUACGCAAUGAGGCUGAUGCAACAGGUCAGAACGUUUAGCUUAAAAUGUUGAUAAACUAUUAGGCUAUUUCUUCACAUUAUGAAGGCAGCUAUGCACACACUGCAGUAGGCUAUUAGCGGGAAUGUUCCACUAAACGGUCACGUGGAAUUUGACUGCCUUCAUGACUCUUGACCGCUGGUGUGGCGGUAAUACGGUCACCGUAACAGCCCUAGUCAGAACUCUGUAUUCUCCUAAUGCUGAAGAUGUGGGUCGUCUACUUAACCAGAUUGAAGAGGAGUGGCUACAGCAGCUGUUACACCAAGGUGGCUCUGCCUCUGUUUGAGAACGGGACCAUCGUAGAGCAGCCUCUGGACCUGUGGAGGCUAACACAGCGAUACACCUCCACUGCACUGAAUGUCAUACACACAGCCAGGUAAAAUAUGCCCAUAAAAACCUAAAUGUGACAGGAAAAAAGAUACAGCUAUUUAAUAGACCACAACCCUCAUAUACAGUACUGUAACUUGGGUUGCUGCUGUUGAUAUAGCCUACAUACUCAGUGAGACAGUUGUAUGUUGGUCAUGGUGUGAUAUGUUUACAGGUUAGUGCAAAGGGAACAUAUUUCUGAACGAAUGUAGCCCCGAUUGUUAGAACAGAAAUGUCAACAUGUUUUUGUUAGUGCACGUGCUGUUUAUUUUCAGAACCCCAUUUCACAAUCUGUCCGUGCCAACAUUCUGAUUCCAAAAGCAAAGAUGGUGUUCCAUUCUCUCAUGUCAGAGCAUAGCUGCCUAGACAGUAAGACAUGUGUGUUAAGAGGGGGUUAUUUGGGCUGAACCAUAUACUGUAAGUCUGACCCUCUCUCAUUUUAUAUCACACCUGUUUGAAGUGCCCAUCGCUUACAGUAUCAGGUCUCGUGACGGCUUAAUACACUCUCACUCUGCCAAAGAGAAGAGCAUGCCCUUUCUCUAGCAAGUAAAGUGGCUAUCUAUAGGCAUAUACAGUAGCCUACGAUACUCGUAGCUCAAAUAUACCUUUCUUCUCAGUGCACAAAUGUUUAAAUAUGUUUAUUUUAUGUUAUCAAUAUCAUGAUGUCAUGUUUCUUUAUAGGGAACGGGGACAACCUUUUCUGCUCUAUGUAGCUCUGGCACACAUGCACGUCCCCCUUUUCCCUCCGUCCCACGCCCCCCUACCCCCUGCCCCUCACCCCUCAGAGGGAGGUGUGUACACUGCCAGUCUGCGGGAGAUGGACGGUCUGGUGGGGGCAAUAAAGAAUGCCUCUGAUGCCUUAGACAAGGAGAACACUCUGAUCUGGUUCACUGGUGAGUGAUCACUGACUACCAGCGAUCAUGUUUCCAUUUGGAUCAUUGAACAUCACUGUAUUUUUCAUGUGUUUUUCUCCAGGUGAUAAUGGACCCUGGGAGCAAAAGUGCCAGUAUGCAGGAAGUGUGGGUCCAUUCCAGGGGAAGUGGCAGACCAGCAGAGGUAAGUACUUCCUGGGUCAGCACUGAAAUAAUUGAUUAACCUUAUUGAUAUUGACAUCAAUGGUCCAUGUAUCGGUCUGUUACCUGUCUGUCAGGUGGGGGCUCUGCCAAGCGGACCACUUGGGAGGGGGGGCACAGGGUACCCACAGUGUGCUACUGGCCUGGCAGAGUACCAGCCAACAGCACCAGCUCUGCCCUGCUCAGGUAUGGUCAUUACAGUACAGAUAUAUCUGAAGCUACACCCAGCUCUGAUACAAAACACAGGUGUACAUUAUAUUAAAAUAACUGCUAAGGUAUAUUUACCAAGAUAGAUGGAUGAAUAUGUUACACUUUUGUGUUAUUCGUGCAAACUUGACCCCCUCUUUCUUCUCAUCUCCCUCCCUCUCCCCUCUCCAUUCUCCCAGUGGUCUGGAUAUCUUCCCCACCCUCCUCUCCCUGGCUGGAGUGAACCCCCCAUCAGACAGACGCUAUGACGGUAUCGACGCCACAGACGUCCUCCUACACGGCAAAGAAACAGGAAAUGAGGUAUGACCCACUGAGCUAGUCAUAACACAAUUGUAGUGUUGUAGAACUUCUCUGAAACAGGAAUAUGAUCAGAUGGAUUUCUGUAACGAAUCUCUCUCAUCUGUCUUCCUCUCCCUACCUGCAGUUCCUCUUCCACCCCAACAGUGGCGCUGCAGGGAAGUAUGGGGACCUGCAGACUGUCAGACUGGAGCGCCACAAGGCCUUCUACAUCACGGGUAAAACAGCCGCUAAAUUAACGCCUAAAAGGGAUCUGGAUAAACUCCAUUGGUAUGCUUGGUCAGGUGUAGUGAGUGACUGACUGAGAUUUGAUUGGUCUACUGUAGUAUUGAUAGUUUAGUGAAAUAGUAGUAUUGAUAGUUUAGUUUAGUUUACUGUAGUAUAUGUUGCCCCUACAGGUGCGGCUGAGGCAUGUGGGGGGUCUACAGGGAGGCAGGAGCUCCACGACCCCCCUCUGAUAUUUGACCUGUCUGAGGACGAGGGCGAGGAGACAGCCCUGGACCCGACCACAGAGGAGUACAGGGAGGUGGAUGAGAGGGUGAGGAAGUGGAGGGAGGCGCUGCUCUAUGACAUUGCCACUGACCAAUCAGUGUCCACGGCCGACUACGCCACGGACCAAUCAGCAACCCCCUGCUGUGACCCCCGACACACAGCCUGCCGCUGCCACACCCCGGGCUGA